AUGUCAGAACGGCCACUAACAUCAGAGGAGCAGUUGAAUUUGUCUCGGGCCAGGGACAAAAUUGCCCUUUUGAACUCCGAUCUGCUUGAUAUUCUGAAGGAAUUGUAUGAGGAGAGAAAGUCCUACGACCUCGUGAGCUUUUUCAUUUUCCAAAUGGGUCUUAGAACGAAUGGGAAAAAAGGAGGGAGAUUUAUUGUUUAUGUUGGUUCUUUGAGGGGAUUUUUUCGUGUGCAAAUUCUUUUUGAUAUAAUUUUGUAGCAAUUCCUUGAACCAUUUACUUGAAACUUUUAGGAAUAACAUAGUUUUAUUGGUGAAAUAAUAUUGGUGUUUUUUUUUACAUCCUGUAAAGGAAAUUUCAUAAAUUAUAGGAAACACCUUGCUCGAAACUUCAACUUAGGUCUUUCUCAAAACUUUUUUCGAAUCACUAAUUUUUUUUUCAGAAAGUCUAUCGUUUUCUUUAUUUCAGUGUGCCAGCAAAGCUUUUUCAAGCUUAUCUCAGACGUCAAAUUUGUGCAGAAUUUCGCGUUAUUGAAUUUUUCUGAAAUGAAAAUUGCAUUUUUGAAACAAUUCCCCUAGUCUCAGUGUAGGAAAAUACAAUAUUCUAGAUGUUAAAAGUAUAAUUUGAACAUAUUAUUUUCAAAACACUUUUUUUUAGAUCAUCUCGUCAACUAAAUUACAUGAAGUUGAUAAUUUCAUUUUUUUUUUCAGUCCUAUUAAGCUUUUAUCACUUUCUGAUCGAUUUUCAGACAGCAACACUUCAAUCCUACAUCGAUCACAUUGCCAAGAUCAAAAAGAUGUACGGAAUCGAGAAGGAAGAUGGGAAAGGCCUCGUGAAACCUGCGGAAAAGGAGAAAACGAAUGCAAUUCCUGAGAAACGAAAGUUUGCCAAGGUUGGUUUUCUGAAGAAAACGUUGCAUCAUUAUCAUUUUUUGCUGAACUUCUUUUGGAGUUAUUAGGUGUUUGAAAAGGCAAAACCAUUAUAAUGAAGUUUUUGAUGCGAAUAACCGUAUUCAGCAGUUUUCCAAGCCCUGCAUGGAUUCUGCGCCUUUGAACUUGUAUAGCAAUGGUUUUUGGAUUUAAAUAUAAUUUAUAGUGAGACUGAGAUCGUUACUAAUUACAUUUCGAAUCUAUUUUCAUUGGAAAAAACAAUUUUGGAAUACUUUUGAAGCGAAAAAAAAAUCGAUUUCUUGUCUAGAAGGGGCACACUCCAUUUAAUGAAAAUUUUGAGGUGAAAAAGACUUCAUUUUGAGUAGUUUUUGAAGCCAUUGAAGACGCCGUUUUUAUUGGAUAAGAACGAUGAUUUUUUUAUUAUUCUUUAAUUAAAAAAAUACUUUGUUUAGAAAAAAAUUUUUACACGAUGAAAAAGUAGAAUAAAAAGUUUAUUUCAUACAGAUUCCUGUCUUUCCUUUUUAUUUUUUACAUUUUCCCUUGUGCCGUCUUCAAAGUGAUUUCGUCAAUUUUCGAAAUUGACGCGUUAUUCGAUAAAAUUAUUUCGCGAAAUACGCCAAUUUGGAAUUCCGUAAAAAUAGCUGAUUUGCUGUAGGACUCACUUUUUUUCUUGGCCAAUUUUGCGUAUUUUAUGAAUUAAUUUUGAACGAAUGACGCGUCUAUUUGAAGUGGCUAAAUUCAGAACAGCGGACCCCGAAAAGAUCGGAAAAAAUGCUGAAGAAGAACGCAUCAAUUUCAAAAUCAAUGCAUUGAAACUUCCAUUUUCCAGGCCAAACGACGCGGCAUCAAAGAGGACGGCGAUGCGACGUUGACCGCGACGCCGUACACUUCCAAACCGAGUUUCGAGCCAACGAAAUCCUUCCCCCCGGCUAUCCCAAUCAUUGACCAACUCUCCAAGCCGAUUUCCAACUUCGCCGCGUCGUCUCCGUCGUUAACGGCUUCUAUGGCCGCCACGCCCAGAUUUGGGUGGGAUUUCGAGGGGGAAACUUGAUAAAAUCCGAAGUCUGAUCAUGGGCGAACAAAAGAAGCACUUCAAAUUAUAGUAUUUUCCUUCGUGUCUUGUUAAAACUUAUUCCGCGGAUUUUAAAAUUGUCUCUUACUUUCCGAAACUUGGUCAUCUUUUUCAAAAGUUUUUUUGAAUUUCACUUUGAAAACCGUAUUAAAAGGAUAGGACAUCCAUUUGAAAGAUCAUAUUUGAUAGGUUUUCAAAUUUUUUGAAGUUGUUCAUCGAGACAUAAUAAUCCUUCUGAAGUUCAUAGUUAUUAUAUACGCCCAUUGAAACUUAUUUGUAAAUGGUUAAUUUAACAGAAUGUUUGAAUCUCAUUUCUAAUUUUCAAUGUUUUUCUUAUCAUGUUAAGGCUUUCUGUGGAUAUUUUCAGGUGUAAAAUAAGAAAAAUAUGUAGUUGCGACCAAAGAAAAAACUUUUAUAUAAGUGACCGGUGCGAUUUUCAUGCAAAAAAUUAGCAAAAAGUAGAAAAAUAACCUUUCCGAAUGUAUUUUAUCAGUUUUUUUUUUUGGAGAUUUCAUGAAUGAUCCACUGUUUCUAGAAAUGCAAUAGUUUUCUAAAAUAGAAGUAUACAAGUAACUUUAUUUACUUUCACCUUUAUCAAACUCCAAACAGAAACUUUUCCGUUAAUAUUUAUAAUUUCCUUUUUUUUCAGAGACCUGUCCAAAAUAGAAACUUCGUCGCCAGCAGUACCUAUUCCAGAUGUAUGAAAAUAUUUCGUGAACGAUUGAUAUAAGAAUAUAUUUAUUGUCAGAAGCCUGAAGAAUCGGCAAAAAGCGGCGGUAGGAAGCGGGCGAUCCGCGGCGGCGGAGUCUUGGGCGGCUCGGAAACUGUCGUUUUCCGUGGUAAUGAUAGUGGAGGUGUGUGGGGAAUGAAACAAAAAGUGUGAAAAUUUUGAAUCGUAAAAAAAGAGUGUAGAAAGUUGAAUUUUCUAUGUUUCUUAAUGACUUUUUUUAAACUUUUGUAUCGACUUUGUGAUUUCCUUGGUUUUUUUUUUUGAGAGUCUUUUUUUAUUUUUAAGACAGUUUUAUCAUUUGGAAACGUCUAAUAAAUUACAAGGAUACUCUUAAAAGUUAAAAUUUAAGUGAAUUUGUCUGAAAAAGCAGGAUGUUUAAUUGAGUCGAGAAAAUCAAUGAACUGAGCCAAAAUUACUUUCAAAAAAUUUAGAACUGCGUGAUUGAAAGUUUCUUUUUACAUUUUUUACAUAUGAAACUUGACUAUCGAGAUAUUUAUCAUUUAUGCCUGUUUUUCAUUGUGACAAUCACUUUUGCAGCCAAGGAGAACAAAGAUUCGACGCCGAAAUUCCCCAUCCCGACGAUAGUCCUGCCAAAACCGACGCCAGACUUCUGGACGAAAAAGCCAGCCGCUCCAGAAGGCAAAGAUGCCCCUGUGAUGGGCGGUGGAAGCCUUUUCGCCUUCAUGAACAAGGAUGGGUGAGUAUUAAAGCUUCUUAACGCUAUUGAAACAUUUUUUUCUUUGAUUUGAAAACGCUCCGAAGUUUCAAGUUCUUAAUUUGAGGUCCUAAAAAAAGUGUUGCAAAACCGUUUUCUAUAUUUAAUCUUUAUUAAGAUCCCGCCAUUUUAGAGCGAUUUUUCUGUGGAAUAGUAAGAAAUUUUUUUCACAAGGUAAUUUGAAAGUUGUUUUCCAAGACCAGAAUAAUUUUAAAAAAAGUUGAAGUUGAGCAGGAAAAAAGUUUUUUUGCAGGGUUUUUACGGACUUAUUAGAAGAACAAAUAGGAUAAUUUUAAUAAUCUACUCAUUUUCGUGAAAAAUUUCAGAAACAAACAUUUUUUUAAACAAAUAUCUUUUUGUGGACCGUAACCCGCGCCGACGACUAACUCUUCGGUUAUGCCAUGAUUCAGCAGAGAUUUCUUCAUCUUACUCUGAAGACUGAAUAAAUUGUAAUUGUAGUUGUAUCUUUUUUCCCGCUUACUGAUUCAAAUAAGAACCAGUAUGACAAAUUGGAAAACUUUCAAAAAUAGCGAAAUGUGAUAUUUCUGAUAUUCAACUAACUUUCAGCAACGCCCCGCCGGCACCAAAGUUCACUGGUUUUUCGUUUGGAAAAAAGCCGGAUGAAGAGAAACCGGAUGAUAAAAAGGAGGAAGAGAAGAAAAAUGAGAAGACGGAAGACAAGAAAGACGACGAAGCCGCCAAGAGGUUCAGAUAGAAGACGGGCUUCUUUUGAGGACAAAAUGUGCAUUUUUCAGUUCUUCACUGUUCAAAUUUGGCGCUUCCACGAACAAUUCAAACUCUUCUCCGUUUUCCUUCGGAAACGGGAAAGUCGGCGAUUCGGCGACGACUUCGACCUUCGGAUCUCUUCUUCCUGGAAAUUCCACCAAAACUUCUUCGGCCGCUCCGGUCUUCCCGUCAUUUGGGGCCAAGCCGAGCGGUGAUGGCGAAAAGUGGGAGUUUCGAUUUUUCAAAAGCUGAAGGUCAACAAAUAUCGUUAUCAUUAUAUAUUUUCCUUUUUAGUAAAUAUUGGAAAACACCCUCAUUCAGAUCCUACACCUUGCCGGCGCCCCCAGCUUUCCCGUCGCUCGGAUCGUCCUCCAUUUUCUCUUCAAUCAACACGACGGGGCCUUCUCCAGAUGCUCCCAAGCUGACUUUCGGCUCGGGACUUGGCGGCGGCGGAGGACUUUUCGGCAAUUUGGCUUCUCAGGCUGCUGCCAAUGCUGAGAAAGGCAAUGAGGAGGAUGAGGGUGUGUCGUUAAAUUGAUUUUUGGUUUUGAAAAAUGAAUCGGAAUAGGUUUAAUUUGUCAUUUUAUAAUGCCCUUACUAGCUAAAAUAACAUUUGUUCGGAAAUCUUCAGGAAAUUCAAAAUAGCCGUCAGAGAUUGAAAAAGAUAGCUAAACUUUGAAGAAACAACACUGCAUAAUUUUUGGAUAAAUUUUCGAAGUUUCCUUCUCUAUUCAUUUUUCUCUUCAGAAGCAGAGGAGCCGCCAAAAGUUGAGGCGGUCGAGGUCAAGGAAGACGACGCCAUCUUGAGCUUGAAGUGAGAUCCAAAACAAAAAGAAAACAUUUCUAAUUUCUCCAUUCAUUUCAAGAGGGGCUGUCUUCAAAUACGCCAACAAGACCUAUGAGAAACUCGGCGUCGGAAUGGUCUACGUGAAGGAGAACGACGGGAAACCGAGUGUGUUGAUUCGCGCCGCCACGACUACUGGUUUGAAUUCGGCCAAAACGGAAAAGCUCCUCAAAGACUUUUUUCAAAAACAGAUCUUAUAAAAUUUCUCAAAUUUUUUUUUCACUUUUUCAUAUUCUUUAUUAAAAAGCUGCUGGAUAGCAACUGAACGGAUUCUAGGACAUCCAAAAAAAGAUCCUCCGUCGCCUGAAAAUGGAGCUCAAGACACUUUUCCCCAGUAACCUUUUCAGCUCUUUCUCAGGGUCCUUGUAGGGACUUUUCCGUUGCUACCUAUGAAACUAUCUUUUCCGCGGAUUUCAGUGAACUUUUUAGGUAAGGUCUGGCUGAACACGCUGAUCAACGCGGCGAUGAAGGCGACCAAGGCCGGCGAGAAAAAUGACAAAAUCAGGGUUGGUUUCUGGAGGAAAAGAGGGCUCUCAUGUUAAUAAGGUUAACCAGCCGUGCGGGCGGUUCUCAGAGGGUGAACCCGUAAUAGACCCGUAUAACCACAGUUUGGAGUGUUUUCGACUUUUUCGAGACAUCUUUCGAGUACGGUUGAAUCUCAGCUUUUUCUAAAUAAAAACAGCGGGGUCCCUUAUUGCACCCGUUUGAUCCCUGUGUUAGCAAAAAUGAUACUCGAAUAACUUCAAAAAUCGCGGGUCUAACACGGGUAUACCCGUUGAGUCACCUGGUCAGCAUGAGUUGAUAAGAUCCAUUGCUUAUUCGAUCAUAGCCUAUUCCGCGACAGGUUGUUUCGUUUUUCCCUUCCGCAAAAAAGCCCGUAUAUCAAACUGGACAAAUAUGACCCCAUUUUGCUUCAAGACCUUUUUUUUGCUGUCUAUUUUCAGUUUUGUAGAGCAAACUUUGAAACUUUUUUUCAGUCUUCAGAGUAGGUUCUCCGCUGAAUCAUGGAAUAAUUGAAGAGUUGUUUGUCGGUUCGCGAUAAUGUCGUUGAUCAAGCGUAGACGGCGCGUAGAGCAUCUCGCUUCUCUUGUGAUAGUAGUAGACGACUUUAGAGAGUAUCCGACAAUCACUGCUUCUCCAUGUAGGAACAGUACGGCGCCUAGUUUGUCCAGGGCUGACGGGCGUCGGAAUGAAUCUCGGACGAGAGCGGAAAUGAAGACCUACUACUCGGGUGUUAGAAAUCAGAUAAUAAUAAAAAUGAGAUGAUAAUGAAAUGAGAUAAUAAUAAAAAAAAUUUAAGAGCAAAGUGCAAACGUUUUUUUUCAAAAGAUCACCGCCUUGACUUUACAAGGAGAAAGAAUAUGGUCCUGUUCGCCUAAUAAUUUUUCAAUGAAACCUUUCGAAAAACUGAAAGAUUGCAGCUGAGCUGUCCGAUCAGCGACUCUGAGAUCGCGACACUGCUGAUCCGCUUCGCGUCGCCCGAAGAAGCCUCGAGUUUCUUCGACAAAAUCGAAGAGAAACAAAAACAAUGA